ACACUAAUUAAUUACGAUACUAACACUAACAGCCGCCUGCUGUGGCUGUCCAUGGAGACGAGGAACGGGGACUCGCCCGCCACCGCGGAGUCGUGGCGGUUCAAAGGAAACCCGGACCUGAACCGGGCCUCCGACAUCACCAUUAGAGGCGUCCUCAACGUGCUCCAGCAAAAUCUCCACAAAAAUGGUCCCCGCCCUGUUAUUCCUAUGGGCCACGGCGACCCUUCCCCUUUCCCUUCUUUCCGCGCCGCCGCCGCCGCCGAGGACGCUGUCUGCGCCGCCGUCCGCUCCGCCAAGCUCAACGGCUACUCCUCCACCGUCGGCAUCCCCUCGGCUCGCAGAGCGGUGGCGGAAUACCUUUCGAGAGAUCUUCGAUACAAGUUAUCACCUGAAGAUGUUUUCAUGACUUCGGGCUGUAAACAAGCCCUAGAAGCCAUUAUAACAGUCCUCGCAGCUCAUCCCAAUGCUAACAUUCUCCUUCCACGCCCAGGCUUUCCUGCUUAUGAAGCUAGGGCCAGGUUUUGUCAUCUCGAGUUUCGUCACUUUGAUCUGCUUCCGGAGAACGAUUGGGAAGUGGAUCUGGCUGCAGUCGAAGCUAUAGCCGAUGAAAACACAGUUGCCAUGGUUAUUAUUAAUGAGGGAAAUCCCUGCGGAAAUGUUUUCAAGUACCAACACUUGAAGAAGAUUGCGGAGACAGCAAGAAAGCUUGGAAUCUUGGUGAUUUCUGAUGAGGUGUAUCGUGACCUUAGCUUUGGAAAUAAUCCUUUUGUUCCAAUGGGUGUUUUUGGAUCGAUUGUUCCUGUUGUCACUUUGGGAUCUCUAUCAAAGUCAUGGAUCGUUCCAGGUUGGAGACUCGGUUGGCUCGUCACUAAUGAUCCAAAUGGCAUCCUUAAGAGCCAUGGGAUUGUUGCUAGUAUCGAAGGCUUUCUGAAUAUUACAUCCGAUCCGGUGACCUUUUUACAGGGAGCGCUUCCGCAAAUUCUUGAAAAUACACCAAACGAUUUCUUUGAUAAAAUUAAAAGUACACUUAAAGAAUGUUCCAAUAUAUUGUAUGAUCGGUGCAAGGAAAUCCCAUGCAUUACUUGCCCCAGCAAACCUGAAGGAUCGAUGUUUGGCAUGGUAAAACUUGAUCUGUCCCUUUUGGAUGGCAUUAAGGAUGACAUUCACUUCUGCACUGAGCUGGCUAAGGAGGAAUCUGUUAUAGUUCUCCCAGGGAUUGCUGUUGGGCUGAAGAAUUGGCUUCGGGUGACAUUUGCAGUGGAGCCUUCAUCCCUCGAUGAUGGCUUUAAAAGAAUCAAAGCUUUCUGCGAGAGGCGCAUGAGGAAAGAAUGAAACGAAACCGAGCUUGAGGAGGAAGAAGCAGCCAACGUAUGUUGUCUGUUGUGUAUUUGUGCUCUACUAUACUAUGUUUAUGUUUGUUUGGUCUGUCGAUUGAAUAAUUCCUUCUGAUAUAUUAUCAUGAUUAAGUCCUAAUAUUAGGUUCUUGCAUGAAAUGACACUCUAUAAUAUUUGUUGUUAGUUCUGUGUAUAUUUUACGUAAGAAACAAUUUAAUAUGCAUUGGAUUAUGUCAUAUCUUAUUUAGUUUGUAUAUCGCGUUUGGAUUAUAAUAAUAUAAAUAGUGUGUUGUUCUUUUUCUUGUA